GCUGCUGGCCUAUAUCAUCUCCUACGGGCCGCCUCUUCUCUGUUGAACGUUCGCACGUAUUUUGAUUAAACGAUCAUAGGGAAAUUUCAGACUAGAAGUCGACGAAUACCCACUCACUAGAAGUAUACAGAGGUUUGGCGAGAGCCGUCUAUUAUGUCUACUGACACAGUCAGUUUCACGGCCCCCCUUUCCCAAGGGUUCGGCUAUGGGAUCAUCAUUGGGCUAGGCUUUGCCUUUGCCCUGUUGAUGAUCUUCAUUACGUGGGCGUUGAAGAGGUACCAGCAUGAAGUACAAACGUCAGAGAUGUUCUCAACUGCAGGACGAUCCGUCAAGUCGGGACUGGUUGCUGCAGCUGUUGUCAGUAGUUGGACCUGGGCUGCAACUCUUCUUCAAUCGUCUACAGUUGCCUAUGAAUACGGCAUCUCAGGCCCCUUCUUCUAUGCAUCCGGUGCUGCUGUUCAGAUCAUCCUGUUCGCAACGCUGGCAAUCGAGCUCAAACGACGUGCCCCUAAUGCGCACACAUUCCUGGAAGCCAUUCGGGCCCGCUACGGCACCGCCGUGCACAUUGUGUUCAUCGUCUUCUGUGUGAUGACCAACAUCCUGGUCACAUCCAUGUUGCUCACCGGCGGCUCUGCCGUCAUGACCUCUCUGACCGGAGUAAACACAGUUGCAGCCUGUUUCCUCCUGCCCAUCGGUGUCGUGCUCUAUACUCUCUUCGGUGGAAUCAAGGCAACCUUCAUCACCGACUACAUGCACACUGUGGUCAUUAUUGUCGUUAUUUUCAUCUUCGCCUUCUCCGCCUAUGCGACGAACGAGAAGCUUGGGUCUCCCGGCGCCGUCUAUGAGGCGCUUGUCGCGGCGUCGAACCGCCACCCCGUGGAAGGCAAUGCAGAGGGAAGCUAUUUGACCAUGAGAUCUAAGGAGGGUGGCAUCUUCUGGGUGAUCAACCUCGUGGGCAACUUCGGGACCGUAUUUCUCGACAACGGCUACUACAACAAAGCCAUCGCCGCCAGCCCCGUACACGCCUUCCCCGGCUAUGUCAUCGGCGGCUUCUGCUGGUUCGCAAUCCCCUGGCUCUGCGCCAGCACAAUGGGGAUGACCGCCCUCGCGCUCGAAGGCACGCAGCGCCUGAGCUCGAGCGAUGUGUCCGCGGGACUCGUGCUGCCCUUCGCCGCCGUCAAGCUUCUCGGCUACAGCGGCGCCGUGUGCACCACAAUUAUGAUCUUCAUGGCCGUGACGUCCGCCUUCUCGGCGCAGCUGAUCGCCGUCUCCUCCAUUUUCACAUAUGAUAUCUACCAAGGCUACAUCAACCCGCAAGCCAAAGGCAAGCGCCUGGUCUGGAUCUCGCACAUGACGUGCGUAGUGUGGGCCAUCGCCAUGGCCGCCUUCUCGACGGGUCUCUACUACGCCGGGAUCAGCAUGGGAUACCUGUACCUGCUGAUGGGCGUCAUCAUCUCGUCUGCCGUGUUUCCCGGCGCCAUGACCCUAGUCUGGAAGCACCAGAAUUGGAUCGCCGCGGCGGCCUCCCCACCGCUGGGUCUAGCGGUGUCCCUGAUCGCCUGGCUUGUCACCGCGAAGAAGGAAUACGGCGUCCUAACCGUCACCACCACCGGCUCCAAUUACCCAAUGCUAGCCGGCAACGUCGCCGCCCUCCUUAGCCCCCUCAUCUUCUCCCCCCUCCUCACCCUCCUCUUCGGCUCCCAAAACUACAACUAUGAAAGCAUGCGCGCCAUCCGCAAAGUCGACGACACGGACGUUAUCGUCUCCGCCGCACACAUCGACCCGGAACUGGCGCCGCCCACCGCCGCCGAAAAAGUCGCGAUCCGCACCGCCGCGCAGGAGGACGAGGAAACUCGCAAGCUCGACCGCGCGGCGUUCUACUCGCGCACCUUGACAGUGAUAAUGGUGUUCUGCUUUCUUAUCCUCUGGCCUGUCCCCAUGUACGGCAGCUCGUAUGUCUUCAGCAAGAAGUUCUUCACGGGGUGGAUCGUGGUGGGCAUGCUGUGGUUGUUCUGUACCACGUUCGGGGUGGUGCUAUUCCCGUUGUAUGAGGGCCGGAAGAGUAUGCUGCGGACGGUGCGGUUGAUGGCGCUGGAUGUGCUGGGUAAAGGCGGUAGGAGGCGCAGGCCGAUUGAUGGGGAGGUUGUUUCGGGUGGUGGUACGAGUGAGGUGAGUUCGUCUGGGGUGCAGACGCCGGUUUAUGUUGGGGAGAAGGGGGUGUUGGAGGGGAAGUAAUUGAGACUCGCUUCGCUCUGUUUGGGCUUGGAUUUCGAUGAGUUUUAUGAUUAUGGAUGUGUUUGGUUGUGGUAAGGGGACGUGGGUUUCUUGUGCUGGCUGUGCUUUAGUUUUGGAUAUAUAUACCCCCUUCGUU